AUGACGAUUUUGAGUCAACAAAAGGCAGAUCGAAGUCAAUAUUUGAACCUGCUACUAGGCGUAUCUGGUCUCCUUCAGUUCAGCCGCAUUGUAUCAUACUGGGUGCUUGCCGGAAUGCCAGUCUGUCCAAGCAGCCAUGAAAAAUAUUGGUGUGUUGAUUUAGCGAAUGUCUUGGGAGCUAACGCCAGAGUAAACAUCGCUGAAAUACAUUGCUGUCCAUUGUCGUCUGGCCAAGCCGUGCAUUUGGGGGCUCUGGGAUUUGAGAAUGGGGGUUGA